AUGAUCUCCACAACGGGGCGACGCCGGAUGUUAAAGAGAGCGCUUGGAUCGGGCAUCGUAAACGUCAAACGCUUCGACGUUCUUGUCGAGCGUUGUAACCCCGCAGUUGUGUUAAACAUGGGCGGAAACUUCGAUUUGGGCGUGAUCAGAGCGUUGAGGACGAAGUGGGGGCGUCAUGUUUCUCAGAUGGCAGCUUCAGAUGGUCAGCGGCUUCAGUUUCCGGCUUGGAGCCGUGACCAGCGCUUCAUGUUUGAUAGCAAUCGGUGCCGACGAACGGCGCACUGGAGUAAACUUGACAUGAGCCCACCGUUGACAAUCAUCGAUGACUUCCCAGACCCCCGCCUCCUGCAGCCCAGAUUUGGCAGAGCGGUAUCCGCUUCAGGCUGGUGCCAGAUAGUAGUUUGA